AAAGGUUGGGAGCGAAGUAGAGUGUAUCGCUUAGCUUCCGAGCAAUCCUAAUCGUUGCUUACACUCACCGUGUUUGGUUCUUUAACAAUCCUCCCGGCGAUCCUGAGAAGAGAGAAAGAGUGUAAGCAAAGAGAGAAUGAUCCGUACAGAUUUUCUGUUCCUUGUCCUCGUCAUCGGGACGCAAGUGCAUGCGCAGCUAGUACCACCGGCGAGGCUCGAUGGUUUCGUUUACCCACCGGGUCGUCGAGUUGACCCGGAUACUAUACUAAUCGAGGCGUUUUUUGACCCGGUUUGCCCGGAUAGUAGAGACGCUUGGCCGCCUCUGAAGCAAGCUCUUAAGCACUAUGGAUCUCGCGUUGCCCUUCUCCUUCACCUCCUUCCUUUACCGUACCAUGACAAUGCAUAUGUAAGCUCUCGGGUUUUACACAUUGUGAAUGCUUUGAACGCAAAUGCUACCUUCUGUUUGCUGGAAGCCUUCUUUGAGCAUCAGGCAUUGUUCUACAACACCCAAACGCAACUCCUGUCAAGACCUGAUGUUGUGGAGAAAAUUGUCAUGCUUGGAACAGCCACCUUGGGAAACUCGUAUCGACAUGUUCUUAAAUCCGGCUUCAACAACACAAUAUCAGACCGUGCAACCAGAGUUUCCUUUAAGUAUAGCGCUUCAAGAGGGGUUUAUGGAACACCAACCUUCUACGUUAACGGGUUCGUAUUGCCAGAUGCUGGUUCUCCCUUAGAUUUUGGAGGAUGGAGAAAAGUUAUUGAUCCUCUGGUUCAAACACACAAGGUAGAGAAGCAAGAUGAUCUCCUUUCCUUCUUUUGAUGACUGCUUUUGCUGUUUUCACAUCCAUAUCAAAAUUCAAAAUAAAAAAUAAUGCUUUACCAGUUUCAUGGGAACUAUCUGUAAAGUAAAUAUAUACUUGUUCAAAACCCAUCUGUUGUACAAUGUAAAAUCUCUGUAAUGUAUUAUCUGUAAAGUGAUCUGCGACAUUUUUCAAGUGUUUUUAUGAAGUAAAUAUAUACUUGUUCAAAACC